GGCGUAGUAAUGGGAGCACGCCUUCAUUACUGAGAUUUGCAGCCAGAAACGUUCCUCUCUAGGUGUUCCACAACGCGAUUCCUUAGGUUCCGAACCGUGAGCAACGCUCGCUUAGUCUUGGGGGUUGCAACCAAAAUCGGUUCUCCUACACGCCUGAAAGGUUAGGCCGAGUAUUCGAGCCUUCUCCUAGGCAGCUGUGUUGCGAUGCGAAGGAAGGUGAUCCCGCUCUGACCGAACCAUGCAACCCGAUUUUGACUCCCGGUCUCCCAGCCCUAGUCUCCCAACGGGAAGCCAGGACGUUCCUAUCCUAGUUUCGCGAUAUCAUCAUGAAAUCACCACGGCUGACGAUGACGACCAUACUAACAAUGGCGCCGCGAUCGUUUUUUCAGCCAGAACGGCUGUCGACCGUAGCCGAUCAGACGACCUCCGAGCGACGAGUAACGGCGUGCAACUGCACUGGUCGGAGUCCGAAGCCUUGCAACUGGUCCGCGCUUUCGUGGAGGUCGAGCGCGACACGGACCUGAAACGAUCCAUCCAUGGGAAUUACUACCGGGAAUUGCUCUUCCUGCUCUUACAUAAGCAUCCCGAUUUUCGGCACUCUCAGGCUGCACUUAAAUCGAAGCUCCAGCGCAUGAAGGAUAAGUACUACCGGCUGCAGGACCGGCUGGAACGGUCGGCCGUUACCCGGACUGACCCGUUGCCGGAGUGGUAUGUGCUGCUGGAUACGGUGAUGAAGAAGGAUGCGCGCAAUUGGCGGGAGGCCAUUCCCAUUGGCUCGUCAAGGGAGAAUCGGUCAAGGUCGAAUCGGCAAGAUUCUGGACGGGGUUCGGCGUCGAAAUCAAGAGGUCACAUCAGAGCAGCGCUUGCAGCAAGGGAAGAGAGGACUCAAGGCAAUUCAACUGGCCAUGCCUUGGCCCACUUGAAUGACACACCAGCAUAUGCAUUCCCGGCUCUUCCGAGCCUGCCAACCGCAGCAGCAGCAGGCCCGAACGCUCUGCAGUGUGUGCGUCCAGCACCCUCAGCCGCUCGAGAGUCAUCCGUAUUGUAUGCACCCAGUGCAGCAGCAGUUACAGCACCCUCGAAAAGUGCAGUAGCAUCAUCAGUGGCUGAAAUGUCAACCACUCCCGCGCAAGCAGCAGCAGCAGCAGCAGAAACAGUUCCGGCUCUAUCAACAGCAGCAGCUGUUGCGCCAGCAGCACUUGCUGGCAGAAGCACUCACCUGCGCACCCUUCCAGCACCAUCAGGAGCAACCGCUCUAGCAGCCGACGGGGCCGGAGCAAGGUACCUGCAGUCACUGCGUGCCGCCACCCCAGCAUCAGGUGUAGUUGCGCCAUCAGCACCACCAGCAGCCACUGCUGUAGCAGCUGUAGCAGCCGACGGGUCCGGAGCAAGGUACCUGCAGUCGCUGCGUGCCGCCACCCCAGCAUCAGGUGUUGUUGCGCCAUCAGCACCACCAGCAUCCCCUGCUGUAGCAGCUGUAGCAGCCGACGGGUCCGGAGCAAGCUACGUGCAGUUGCUGCGUGCUGCCACCCUCCCAAACUCUGCUCGAGGUGAUAGGCUGACCCCCCCCUCUUCUGCUCAGAAUGGGCGGCGCUCGCUCUCCCCUUCCGCUCGGGAUGAUUUGCGGAUGUCCCCCCCUUCUGCUGCUCGGGACGAGACGCUGGUCUCUCCUCCCCCUGCUCGCUACAAUAGACGAAUGUUGCCGUCUUUUGCCCAACAAGGGAGGCGGGUGUCAGCACCUGGCGGGUUCGCAGGUUGGAGGGGCAGCAGGCAGGGGGGGUGGGCAUGGCGACGAGAGAGGAACACCUUGGCAGCAGAUCCCGAGGCUGGCAGUGCAGACCACAUGGCGGACGGCAAUGCAGACUACCGGGCAGCUGCUGACAGCCUGGGAGCUGCGAUGGACGAGGCGGUGGAGAGUGCGUUUACGGAUUUCCAAGGGAUGGCGCAGGAGUGGGUGGAGAGUGCGUGUGCUGAGUUUGAGGGCCUCGUGGGGGAGAUGGCGGAAAAAGCGUGCUUCCAGUUCAGGAGCGCUGGUAGGGAGUUUGCCGAGGCGUGGAGGGCCGGGCAAGAGAACAAGAGGCGGAGGCGGUACUGAUAUAUUGAUAGGGAUGCUGCUGGGUGGGGCAGUGAGUGGGUUUUAGAGAUCCUCUUGGCAUGCUUCCAGUUCAGAAGUGCUGGGAGAGAGUUUGCCGCGUGGAUGGCUGGGCAAGAGAAACAAGAGGCAAAAGAGGUGCCAUCAUGCCCCUUAUGAAGUGAGUGGGGCGAGUGUUGAUGUAUUCAAUUGAGCAAAGGUAGGGCAUGUUCGAUUGUUCUUAUAUGCAUGGCUUAGGGCGAAUUCCUAGAUAGAAAUAUCGAGAUCAAUUUCACGUGGAACCAAAGGAACGCUAUAAGCUCCCCCCCAAUGUGUUCUGCCGCGUCCUGCUGCCGCUUCGCCUGAUGGAGCGCAGCCUUCUGCCUCGUUGCUCGGCCGUUCCGUACUUGGCGGCAGCUGGAGGGAUGGGCGAGGGGGAUCUGAGCUAGGGGGGUCUGAGCUAGGGUAGGUGGGUCUGAGCUAGGAGGGUCUGAGCUAGGGUUAGCUCCGCCGUCAGCUGCUGCUGCUGUUACGCUUGAAGGUGCGACGUAGAUGCUGUUAACAUCAGCCGUAGGAUGAUCAGACGCACCUAUACCAGCCGUACGUGUUUGAAUAGCUAAGUGAGGAAGAAUGUGGCGAGAGAAGAGGGUGUGUCAACUUAUAUAUAUAAUAUGUAAAUUUUUAGUGU